AGUUAAGGGGAGAAUAGGGGACUCAGCAGCCCCCUAUGUAGCGCUCGCCUGGGAGGACCAUCUGAAGGAGUCUCGCUUCUUACCAUGAAUCCAGCAGGUCACACAUAAAAUCCAAGCGUCUGUCUCGGAAAAGUGGAAAAAACAAGAGCUCCAGAAAGACCAGAAAUAGGCCUGCGAAGUUGUUUUUUUCCUUCUCGGUAUCUGCCAGGAUCUUCGCAGACGAAAAGCGCAUUUAAGUUCGGUUUGGUGCUUUGGGGUUUUGUAACGAGUUGGUUCCUCUCGUACCGACCAUGGAGUACACAUCGUCCCCGAAGCCGCAGCUUUCUUCCCGGGCGAACGCGUUCUCUAUCGCCGCUCUCAUGUCAAGCGGGAAGCCCAAGGACAAGGAGGCGGAGGAGAGCACCAUCAAGCCCCUAGAACAAUUCGUAGAGAAGUCCUCGUGCAACCAGAAUCUAGGCGAGCUGUCCUCCCUGGACGGCCACGGGGACUUCAGCGGGAGCGCGCCCGUGGUGUGCACGGAGCCGCUCAUCCCCACCAACCCUGGCGUCCCGAGCGAGGAGAUGGCCAAGAUCUCCUGCGGCCUCGAGACCAAAGAGCUGUGGGACAAGUUCCACGAGCUCGGCACCGAAAUGAUCAUCACCAAGUCUGGGAGGAGAAUGUUCCCCACCAUCCGGGUGUCCUUCUCCGGGGUCGACCCGGACGCGAAGUACAUCGUGUUGAUGGACAUUGUACCCGUAGACAACAAACGUUACCGUUACGCCUACCACCGGUCCUCGUGGCUGGUGGCAGGAAAGGCAGACCCGCCUCUGCCCGCCAGGUUGUACGUCCAUCCUGACUCGCCGUUCACAGGAGAACAGUUACUGAAGCAGAUGGUGUCGUUCGAGAAGGUCAAGCUCACCAACAACGAGCUGGACCAACACGGACACAUAAUCCUGAACUCGAUGCACAAGUACCAGCCCCGCGUGCACAUCAUCAAAAAGAAGGAGCACACCGCCUCGCUGCUCAACCUCAAGUCCGAGGAGUUCCGCACCUUCGUGUUCACCGAGACCGUCUUCACAGCCGUCACGGCCUAUCAGAACCAGCUGAUCACCAAGCUGAAGAUCGAUAGUAACCCGUUCGCCAAGGGUUUCCGGGACUCCUCGCGGCUCACCGACAUGGAGAGCAGGGAAAGUGUUGAGAGUCUGAUCCACAAGCACUCGUACGCCCGCUCGCCCAUCCGCACCUACGCUGGAGAGGAGGACCCGCUGGGAGAGGACGGACACCCGGCCCACUCCAGGGGCUCAGCUUUCACAACGUCAGACAACCUGUCCCUGGGCUCCUGGGUUACCACCACCUCCGGCUUCUCAGGCUUCCAGCAUCCGCAGUCUCUGCCCCACCCCAUCCAGGGCUCCCUGCCCCCCUACAGCCGGCUGGGCAUGCCCCUGACGCCCGGCGCCCUGGCUGGCACCAUGCAGGGCGGUGGGCCGUCCUUCCCCUCCUUCCACAUGCCCCGCUACCACCACUACUUCCAGCAGGGCCCCUAUGCCGCCAUCCAGGGACUGAGGCACUCCUCCACCGUCAUGACCCCCUUCGUAUGACCUCUAUGGUGUCUGUAAGGGCCGACUCCCGCCCCCUUCCCACACUCACAGACACACACACACACACACACACACACACACACACACACACACACACACACACACACACACACACACACUCCUCGCUCGGCCAGGCCAUCUGUUGUGGCCGACCUACGUACCUUUGGUGACAACACGACGGGUCAUGCUUCAUGCUUCAAGCGCGGAUCCGCCCCACGUCGAACCCUCACUAUUGAUUUGUCUUGGUUUGAUGUCUCUCCUCCAGAGUGAUUUUCUUUGUGUUGUAAAUAUUCCCACUGUAGGCCUAUCCCUCCGUCUGUGAAAAUCAAAAAACAGAACAAUCAGUGGGAGGUUGUACGAGAGAGAGAGAGCGAGAGAGAGAAUGAUUAUGAAGCAGAUCUGCAGACUCCUCUUAUGAACCUCAACGACACAAAUUAUUUCAUAUGAGCUUCAUAUAAACGGAUGUUACCUGACCUGAGUUCCAGACAACACCUCAGCCUUCUAGAAAGAACAAUAUUUUUGGGGAUUUUGGUAAGUUUGUCAAGGCAGUGGCUGUAAGGCAAGUGGAUGGAGACUCACUUCGGUUUGGAAUUUUCUGGCAUGAGUCUGGGCAAGUGUCCGAGAAACCUUUCUUUGAAGUGCCCAGUGAAAUAUCUGAGCUCAGCAAGGGUUUCAAACAUUUCUCCGGUGGAACAGGGGGUGGCAGCCAUCUUGUUUGCUGUGUCUCAUUUUAGAGAUCUGGCAAAAAGAAACAAAAAGCAAUGUUCUGAUGAAAAUAAUGUCAAUAGCAUAUGGUAGAAAGCAAUGUACAAAUAUGCGAAUGCUACAAAUAUAGCCAAUUCUUACUGUAGAAUAAAAUACUUUAGGAGGCAUGCAGAAUCCUGUAGAUCAAUCUUUAAAUAGAUAACAAUGGUAAGUUUUCACCUUAAUUUUAGGCUUUCUACAUCUUCAGAAGCAAAAAGCUUUAACGACCAGUAUUGUUCAAAUAUGUGCACGUGAAUUAGGUUGUAUUGUACAAAUGUCCACCUUUGCUUUUCAAUGAAACUACCUAUAGAGAACUAAAUGGCUAUCCAUCUUUUUUAGAUCAAACACCGCCGGUGUAAUGUCUAAAAUGAAUGUGCACCAAAAUUCAGAAUCGGAUGACCAGAUUCAACAUGUGCAUGUGUGGAUCAUGUUUGAAAGACAUUAAUUGUUCAUACCAAAUCCCAGAGAUACACAUAUUCUUUAUCCUUCAGUGUUGUUACUGGCCGGUCCUCUUGAUAUCCAGAGCUAGCAGUCACUGGGACUGGAGAGCCUCCCGAAGCUAGCGCAUGGCUGACUGUGGGCUCACUGUGUGGGGCUGCCCCAGAGGAAACCAUCGUUAUUCUGUCCUUCUGACAGGAUGGAGGGAAGCGGUAAGGAAAACUCUGUUUACAGCUGGGAGCUCGGAAUUUCCUCACUGAUUGUCUGCAUAAAGGUGAUUGAGGUGUUUAUAUGGCCAAAGUUAAAGCAGUUUGAAAAAUGUUAAUAGAUAAACAUUUGGUAUACACAGGCACUGUGAUGAAUUGGUGAUGGAUGACAUUCCCGUUAAGAACAUACCUGUUUUCACAUGCUAUUUAAGGAGGGGACAGGAUAAGGGGUUUGGAUGCAGUUACAGCCAGCAUACAGAAUUACAUCAGGAUUAUCUAAUACACAUACCAGGGAUAUGAUGAAUGAUUUACAGAAUUGUGUGAAUUGUCAGACAUCUUAUUGAUACCCACAGAGGAAUGCUAUGAAAGGAAUUCUGAAAAUAUAAUCCAAAUACAUUUGCAUCCUAUAUAAAGAUCGACCUUGGUUCAAAGAAAAGGUUAAGUGGCAGCAUGACAUCACACUGGUGCUUAACAGUAAUAUAUAAACUUCAUAAUGUGACCCCUUGCAUAUGUUUUGUGUGCAAGCAGUACAAGCUUAUUCACAUGAGGGCCAUAGGAUGAACAUGGUUGCUUUUAUACACUUUACCCACCUUAUUCCGAAAUUAAAGUAAAUCUCUGGUCCUGUCCUGACAUGAAAUGUAUCAAAACAGAUUGUACAUAUAAAGUGAACAUUCAUCUUCAUAACUGUUGUUAGAUAACAUUUGUCAAGGACUUCUCUCUCUGUAUUCGCUCAUCUUUUACGAACACUGAAAAAUAACAGCUUAUUUGUCUUUGUUUCACUUAUUUGGUUUGUUUGUGAAUUCUUUGUAUGCCAUACAUAGGCCUAACCUGAAUAUGACACCCAAGAUAUUGUGUUUUGAAUUUUAAGUGCAAUAUAUUUAUUUUGCUCUCUGAGAAGGAAAUGUAAUGUACUAUGCCACGUUAAAAAAGUUGUUAUUUGUAAACUUGAGAAAUAUAUAUCGCCACACAAUGAUUUGUUUGCAUUGUCUUUUCUAUCAAGUCACUCAUUUGAAAACACAAGUUUAACAUAUGAUCAGUCUCUGAUUUUGGUAUUCUGUCCAUUACAUCUCUAAACGGUUGACUGGUAGGACUUGGUUUAUAUUUUCUGUUGUAUAGCUUUUUUAAAGAAAAUAUAUAUAUCUAAACACCAA